AUGCCACUCCCCUUGAAACCCGAGGUAGAUAUCUUUUGCAAAGCUAAAGUGGUCAACGGGCAUCCGGUUCUUCUGUGGGAUCAGCCCAUGCACAGUGUCACCAUGUCUGCUCGACUGAGCAAUCUCGGGGAGAUUCAUGGUUGGCUGCAGUCGAUGUUUGCGCACCGUAUGCGCUAUGGAGGUGGAAUGAUGUUGAACAAUAGUGAUGCGGUCAGCGAAGCUCAGCAGAAUUUGAUCAUGAAGCACGCAGAUUCUCGCACCUUCCUUAAUCAUUACCUUCCGCGACAUGUUGACACGGACAUGCAAAAUGUGAUGAACGGCCGCCAAUCCAACAAACCCCUCAUGCGCGCAAUCACCCGCACGAGCAGGUGGAUUGAUACGAGGCGGCAUCGACACUUGACAGCCGAGCAACGAGCUUCGAUACGUGAACAUCCAGAGUAUGUCGGAGCCGUCCGGAGAUUGGAUGAGCAAGCUGAAGUUUUCGUCUAUGAUCUGAAUGAGCAGAUGCGAUUGCGACAUGACAAACUCGCACGCGAAAAGCUCAACACAUUUGACCGGCUAGAGAGGGCAUUGAGACAGAAAGUUCGAAAGGAGUUUGACCGUAAACAGGCGAAUAUAGACAUUGAGCGACAGCUCUCCGGGGCGGCUAUCGCUGACGAGGAAGCGAAAAACGUGCUACGAACAGACAAUAUGUUGCCAGAGCAGAUUGAUCUUCUCGAGAAGUUGUUUACCUGGCCAACUUCCUAUUCAUUGGAGGCGGAGUGGCAGAGACGAAACGGUUCUUUCGUUGCCAUCUCGCAAUACUGUUGUCACCUUGAAGGCGGGCCGCUGCGUGGACGACGCAAACGGCCGGCGCCAAGCGAUGAGUCCGAUGAAGAGCUGACAGCAAGGGAAGUGCGAACAACCAAGACAACCUCCGUCUCUCCCGCAAUGUCGAAGGAAGAAAUGCUUCUGGAGAAGGCUGGGAAGUAUAUCCGAAAGGCCAAAAAGCCUCGACGAUGCUUUCAAUGUUACGGCGAUACUCUGCUGCCUGUUCAUUGUCGGACACACAAAUAUAGCGAAUACAAAUCAACUUUGCGACACUUUCGAAAAAAGCACUUGGAGGAUCGGAGAUGUCAUUCAUAUGUGUAG